AUGGGGUCCCAACUUCUUCAACCUUCAUGGCCACUUUACAGCACAGUAAGUCUUGAUCAUGCUGGACUCCACAGUUUUCCGAUGGAUAUUUGCAUAGACGAACCGCACGACUUUUCUUCCUCAUUCGCCACCGAGAAAUCCUCUGGAAUUUCCUUUGAUUCAUAUUUUGCGGCCGUGACUUCCCCUGAUAGCCUUGUUGAAUUCCUAAUUUUCGAUGAUGAGAAGCGAGGCGGGGAUACCAUGGCGCAUAUUAUGGACGGCCUUGAGCCUAUUUCGAGCAGUGGGGCGAUCGAGGAAGAUUGCCAAUGGUUGGAGGAAAGCGAUAACGGCGAGGACUAUAUUUCCUCACAGCUGACUCCGGAAGCAGACGCAUGGAGUGCUUGCCCUCCAAUGGAACAGAGCAAACCCGGCUCGGCAUCCACCAUGAAUGCUACACCAUCAGAGAACAUGAGCCUGACUUUCCCUCCAGUGAACAACAUGGGAACAGACACCCAAUUGGGCCUCCAUCACCUAUUGACGGCUCUUGGAGAAGCCGUGGAGAAUGGUCACCAGGAGCUCGCCGAGGUGAUAGUGAGACGCAUAACUGAAAGAAUCGACCCCCUAGGAGAAGCCCUGGAACGCCUUGCCUUUAAUCUUUUCCAAUCCGCAGAGAACCAAGGCAGCUACCUCAGGCAGCAGUCCACCAAGAAUUUUGAGGCUGCUUUCAAGGCUUUCUACCAGUGGUUCCCCUACGGGAGGUUUGCCCACUUUACUGCUAAUUCAGCCAUCCUAGAGGCUAUGCCAAGUGACGCAGAAACAAUUCAUAUAGUAGACUUCGACAUGGGAGAAGGGAUCCAAUGGCCUCCUUUGAUGGACUCAAUAAGCCGGAAGGGAAAGUCAUUGAGAUUGACAUCCAUCAUAUCAGGAGAUUCCUGUUGGGUUUUCGAAGAAACAAGGCAGCGAUUGUAUGAUCACGCUCGAUCUUUAGGCCUCAGUUUGAAUGUUGAGGAGAUGGCGCUGGAAGAUUUAGUGGCUGAGAUGAAAAGAACGAAGAAGAAAGGCGGUGCAAGAGAAUGGUUGGCCUUCAACUUAAUGGUUGCGCUUCCUCACAUGGGACGGCGGGCCGACAGAAGUCGUGUCGUGGAGUUUCUAACGCUAGCGAAGGAUUUAUUAGUUUAUUCUGCCGGCGAUAAGGGGAUCAUAACUAUUGGCGAUGGAGAAGCAGGGGGCAAUUUUGCAAAUUGCCCUGAAUAUUCUUCGUUCUUUAACAGCCAUUUCACACACUACCAGGCCUUAUUCGAAUCAAUGGAGUGCAACUUCCCUGUUUAUCUAGCAGAAGCAAGAAUUGCUAUGGAAAGUCUUUUCUUGGCGCCUUAUGUUUCCUCACAUUCCUGGUUCCAGCACUGGCAAGACGCCAGGGGUAGUCAGCCAUUAUGCGGGCUGGAUGGCCGGAGGAUGAGCAGAGACUGCUUGAUUGAAGCCAAAGAAAUCGUGAAUGAACAAAAAGCUUCAUACAAGGUGAAUUUCCAAAAAGAAAACGAGAAUGAAAUUGUCCUGGAGUGGAGAGGUAUUCCAAUAGUAAGAGUUUCUAGCUGGAUAUAG